GUUACAUAGAUUCAUGACUGUGCAUAACUAUUCACACCACAAUAUUGCUUCUAUCUCAUUCCUAUUUAGUUAUUAAACAUGUGUUAUAUUAAGAUAGAUGAGGUUAAAAGUAACAUCAAGGAAUUAAUCAUUUAUUUCAAUAAAACGCGCUUCCAUUAAGCUCAAAUGCUAUAUUUUCUGAUUGUGUACGGAAUAUUAAGAUUUUUUAUACUCAUACGUUAUAAGAAACGGUAAUAAGAACUUGUAAAUUUUGUAAAUUGAAAAUAAAUAUAAACAAACAAAUGUCGAAAAUCGUGGAAUCGUUAAAGAGACUGAGCGUUGAAAACGGUGGAACGCGAAGGUCGGAAAAGAACAGAUUAUUAAAAUGUAAAGGUGAAUUUGUUUUAUCUGUCGAGGAAAUAGUUUCUAACAACAAUGAGAAUUACGUUCUUGGAAUUUGUGGAACCCAGAGCGAACCAGACUUCCGAAUUGGAGUUGCAUUGUCGAAUCAUUCCUGUGUAGUUUAUUCAGCUGGUGAAUCUUUUAAUAAAACAGCUACCCUUCAGCACAAUCAAUCCUCGAUUAUAGGUGUUAAGUUUAGUCCCAACUCACGGAAUAUCAUUUAUAUCGCGUAUAACGAUGGAAAUGUCAUUGCCUGUGAUUUGAGAGCUAAAGGAAAAAUUGUUGCGGAGUUUAAAGAUAACACGGAAGAUGGAAAACUUAAACCACUCGCUAGUUUCGACAUCAGUUGCGAUGAAAGGCUUAUAGCUGGUGGAACCGAACAUAUCGGUGGAGAUGCUUUUAUACUUUUUUGGGACAUAAGAUAUAGUAAUUCUAAGCUUAAUGGUAAAGAUAAUUUGCUUGGUGGCUAUUGGGAGUCGCACAUGGAUGAUAUCACCAGUAUAGCUUUCCAUUCAAAUAAAAGAGACAUUCUUGCAUCUGGUAGUACAGAUGGUUUAAUUAAUGUUUUUGACUUAACACAAACUUCGGAAGACUCUGCUUUGACAUAUUCAUUAAAUACUGAAUCAUCCGUGGAUCGAAUAGGUUGGCUUACAAAUGACAACUUAUGGUGUACAACUCAUACACAUUCGCUUCAAUUAUGGAACUGUGAAGAUGCCACUCCUUAUACUAAAUUUGAUCGAAGCGAUCUUGUUUUAUCUCAGAAUGAUGAUCCAGACACGAGUUAUUUGGUACGGAUACAUGUUCCAACUGCGUUUGGCAAUCCUUACUUGCUUGCAGGUUCGAGCUCUACAAAAGGUAAUAUUCUAAAAUGUCUGAGUUUUGGAAAAAAUCAAUUGGAACCAUACUAUAACGUAUUGGGAAAUAAGCAAAUUGUCCGUGACAGUUGGUUACAUGAAAAAAGUGGCAGAUUAGUUACAGGAGGUGAAGCAAGUAUUGUGAAUAUUUGGAGACAAACUGAAGUACCUUUAAUACAAAGAAAUGCAAAUCACAAGAGACCAGCAAAAAUUGGAGCAGAAAAGAGUCGCAAUGAUAAAAAUCACAGAACUAAGCCAUAUUAGUAAUGCACAAAUAUGUUUAAUAUAUAUAUAUAUAUGUAAGAAUUAGAUUAAUAUUUUACAAAUGAUA